AUGGUUAAUUUUCCCUUCAUAGUGAAUGGAGGGAUCAACCGUUGUAGUUUUAUAGUUCUCUCAAAGUUAUACAAACUUCUUUCUUUCUCUGUCGGUGGUACCAACAUGAGAAACGCACUAGACCUCAACAAUUUUCCGGAUGAUUUCUCCCGAGAUUACGGCAAACAACAGCUUGAUGACUCCUCUUCUUCUGCAUCCGGAAUCUACAGGAAAAAGAAAAACGGCGCAAAGGAUGAAAGUGGGAAGGUCUACGAGUGUAGGUUUUGCUCCCUCAAGUUCUGCAAGUCUCAAGCACUUGGGGGACACAUGAACCGCCAUCGUCAAGAGAGGGAGACAGAAACCCUAAACCGGGCUCGUCAGCUGGUUUUCAGUAACGAUAACCUCCUACCCCAAAUCCCUCACCAAUUAGGUGGACAACCAGUGGUACAUGGAGGGUUUCAUCAUCCAGCAGGUUGCAACAUGGGGAGUACAGUUUAUCCUACAAGACUCUUCUCCGGUACUUCCACCACCAUGUUACCUCCAGCGCCACCACAACCACCUCCACAGAUGUACACUUCCCCGACACCACGCCUCAGCAACACCUACUCCUCACAAUAUCCUUCGUCAAAUAUGAUAAACGACUACUUUGUAGGACAUGUGUGCUCCAACAAUCCACCACCAUUCAGCCUCCAGAAUAUAAACGGCACCACCGUGCCACCACCCGAUAGCACUAAUAACUACACAUGUAUCGGUGCACCUGUUGGUCAAGGGUUCACAGUUGCCGGAGGAAGUGGUGGUGGUGGUGGCACGGAUAUGUCACCAUCCCUCGUCAAUCGAUAUCAUCAAGAUGGGUUCUAA